AUCCGCUCUGCGCGCGUCUCCCGACCCUGAGAAAGGACUCGUGCGACACGUGUUGUGUAAAACUUAACGAGCGUUUAUCGUCUGACCUAAACAACAUCUCCCAAUUUAAAAGCGAGUUUGUUGAAGGGUUGAAUUGGUGCAAGUACAGGAGGAGGUAUUUAUCAAAAUGUUCCUGCAGUAUUACCUAGAUGAGAGUGGGGAUAGAGUCUACACCCUAAAGAAGGUGGACCCAGCAGGAGUUCCCACGAGUUCAGCCCACCCGGCUCGCUUCUCCCCUGAUGACAAGUUUUCCCGGCACAGAGUAACCGUGAAGAAACGCUUUGGCCUUCUACUCACUCAGCAGCCCAGACCCGUCCUCUAAAGAAACAAUGGGGACAAAAAGAGAUUGAUGGAAAGAAAUGGAGAACAUUAGUGGAAGGUGGUGGAGGCAUGAGAGGAAGGAGGGUGAAUUGGACUGCAGAUGGGGAGGAGGCGACAUUUGAAAUUUCCCGUAAAAGCGUAACGUGAUGUUUAACAGUUCAACCCAACUCUCAAACCCAGUUUCAGCCUACACUCAUUAUCUAAAGCAAGAUGACUCUUUGAUCAUUUUUUUUUAAUAUCUGCUAUCACGAUAGGAGGGUUUGAUCCUGCGGGGCUGGGGGAUUUUUUUUUCAGUGACAUGUAUUUGGGGUUAAUACACUGCUUUUAUGUUUUGUUUUGUUUUUUUAAAGUUUAACACCCAUGUUUAUGUUAUUUUUAGGUUUUAAAAAACAAAGCCCUUGCUUAUAAAGAUGGUUAACAGUAAAGUUGAUUUCAGACUGCGAUACUGUCUUUACGCUUCUACGAUAGUUGGCGCUGUGUAAUACACCUGAAUUUGGAAUGUCCAUGUAGACACCAUGUCCAUGUUUCUGUGAAUGUCAAAAUAAAACAUGUGCCAUACAUAUGGGCACUUAUAG